UACCGCCCGACCGUCCGACGGCCGAUACCGUUGGUCACUGUUGCUCACGGCCACGGCGCGCGAUAUGUUACGAUCAGGUUAGAGGACAGCGCGACAGUUAAUGAUGGUCAACAACGACGGGGAAAGCGCGACGACGAUGACAGUGACACGUGUUGUCACGAACCGCGCGUAGUCCGGAUUGAGAAUCCCGGACUGUCGCACGCGAGAGCAAGGACGACCGAGAAAACGUCACUCCGCGCUCGGAGGAGAACGUGCUUCGUCGACACACGCAUACAGUUCGUCACCUGUUACAGAAGGAACGACGGUGUCCACCUUCCUGGGAAAGAGGAGGAAAAAAAUGCCGCUGGUCGUAAGGAAUUGCCCGCAUCUGGCCAACCGCGGCGAUCUCGCCUUCAUCGAGGCAGUGAUGGCUCGAGAGGAGCGCUUCGCCAAGUGCAGCGACUGCGACACCCCGGGGCCCAAUCUCUGGCUCUGCUUGUUCCCCGAUUGCCGUUGGGUCGGUUGCGCGGAGACGCACCUCGACCACAGCACCAUCCACAAUCAGAACUUUCCAACCCACUGCGCUCACAUGAAUCUGUCCACCAACAGAAUCUGGUGUUACGCCUGCAAGAGCGAGGCCAUUGCCAAGCACGUGCCGUCACCCCCGUUGUCGCCGACGCAGAUGGAGUUCAAGACCAUGAGCAACAAGUUUGCCGGGGAUGCUCCUGGUGGCAUCGAGUCCAAACUGGAUGGUUUGGACAGGUUGAUGUUUGAUAAGUUUUAUGGAGAUUGGUCGAUAAACAGAAUGAAUUCAGAAAAAGGUAAUACAUUUAACGAACGAUCCGGGGAUUCUCCUGAUAGUACAGACUCGGAUGAAAGCAAAGACUUCUCUGGAAAGCCAAGAGGUCUGGUAGGCUUGCAGAAUAUUGGCAAUACGUGUUACAUGAAUGCGGCGCUACAAGCUCUGUCCAAUGUAUCUCCUUUAACUCAGUUUUUCUUGGAUUGCGGUCACAUGGUCAGUUACAUGUCUAAGGAUAGAAAACCUGGGCUGAGUCUGAACUACCUGAAUCUCAUUCGAGAUAUGUGGAACAAGAAAACCAGAGGUUACGUUGUACCACAUGGUAUCCUUUCGGGAAUUAGGACGGUUCAUCCGAUGUUUAGAGGAUACCAUCAACACGACACGCAGGAAUUUCUCCGGUGUUUCAUGGAUCAGCUACACGAGGAACUGAAGGAGCACAUCGAGGACGACAGGGAUGUUCAAUUACGACUAAAGGGACUGGGGGACCAGUCCUCGGAGGAUGAGGACGAGACCGAGAUCGACGGUAAUGCUUCCAGUCAGUCUGACGCCGAAUACGAGACUUGUGACUCAGGUGUGAGUGAACAGAGCUCUCUGAGUGACGAAGGAGAACGCGGCACAAAGAGACGAUACUCUCGCGUGUCGCAGACGGAAAAACUACGGAAUAAGUUUACGAGCAGGAAUAUGAAGAAGUCGAAUGUUGAGCCGACGUUGCCGUUCGCUCCGCCGCAACGCUCGCCACAGAACUCGCCAGCCAAGCAUCGCACUAAGAAGCAAAUGAAGACACGCAGCAUCAUUAGCGACACGUUCGACGGCAAGCUUCUGAGUAGCGUGCAGUGCCUGACGUGCGAUCGAAUCUCCACUCGGGUGGAGACUUUUCAGGACCUGUCCCUGCCGAUUCCGAGCAGAGAUCAUAUCGACAUGCUGCAUCAGGGGUCACUGACGCCGCAGAAGGCUGGCCCGUGCUCAGACGUGGUUUACGUGACCAAUCAGUCGGGCUGGCUGUCGUGGUUUCUGCAGUGGAUGCGCUCGUGGUUCUGGGGACCAGUGGUCAGUCUGCACGACUGCCUGUCAGCAUUUUUUAGCGCCGACGAGCUCAAAGGCGACAACAUGUACAGCUGCGAAAAAUGCAAUAAGCUGCGCAACGGCAUCAAAUUCUCCAAGGUGUUGGAGCUGCCCGAGAUACUGUGCAUUCACUUGAAGAGGUUUCGCCACGAACUCAUGUUCAGCUCGAAGAUCGCCAACUACGUGUCGUUCCCCUUAGAGGGCCUCGACAUGAGGCCCUACUUGCACAAGGAGUGCAUAUCCAAGGUCACAACUUACAAUCUAAUAUCAGUCAUCUGCCACCACGGUACAGCCGGCGGUGGCCACUACACUUGUUACGCACUGAAUCCCAUCGCCAACAAGUGGUACGAGUUCGACGAUCAGUGUGUCACGGAGGUGUCGCCGGAAACGGUAAAGCAUUGCGAGGCAUAUGUGCUGUUCUACAAGAAAUGGUCACCGGAAAUAUUGCAGCUGCGCGACAAAACCAUGGAACUGAUGGAGAUAUCGUCCCGCGAAGUGUCCGACCUCAAUUUCUUCGUGUCCCGGCAGUGGAUCAAUCGCUUCAACACAUUUUCUGAGCCUGGUCCGAUUGACAACUCUGACUUUCUGUGUCCACACGGGGGAGUAAUUCCUGUUAGAGCGCAAUUUGUCGACAAGAUUAGCAUGCCCAUACCACAGGCAGUUUGGGAAUAUUUAUACAAUGCCUUUGGAGGAGGUCCAGCCUGUACGCAUCUGUACGAGUGUCCGACCUGCGAAGAAAAGUACGAAUCCUUACAAAAACGCAGACAGUACGAGAUGGAACUAUUCCAACGAUUGAACAUCGACAAUCCUGCAGCUAUUUAUGCGUUGGCUAUGGCAUGGUUGAGACAAUGGCAGAGUUUCGUCCGAGGCAAGGAGACACAGCCACCAGGACCAAUUGAUAAUAAUUCCAUCGUUGUAAAUAAAAAUGGACAAAAUAGUCUUAAAGUUGGCUCGGAUUAUGGCCAGAUCCCCGAAGAAUUGUGGCAAUUCUUCCUGACUACGUACGGCGGUGGACCAGAGCUAAUGCUGCACUCGUGUCAACGACCGGUGCCCGCUCAGCCUAAUGUUUCUAUACAUUCCGCGUCGAAUCCAAAUUUGAUAGACCCGAAUCUUAAGUGCAAUCGCGUAGAAGCUAAGUCCAACAAACUUUGUACGACCAGGAGCUCGGAGACAAUAUCGCAGCAGGAUAGCGCGAUCGAGAGCCUAAUUUCGAGCAGCGAUUCCCAUCAGACGCAGAGGGACGUGAGCGAGUGAGUAAACCGUAUGAAUCACAAUCUCGUUCACCGACGAACAUUUCCAUUGAUUUUCUUUAGUCUCUAAUUGGUUAAGUUUAGUCUCUAAUUAAUCAAAUUAUAUAUUUUACUUUCAAAAUUCCACGCUUUCGAAGUUUCACGCUCGAACGAUUUGGCACUUUCUUAGUAGAUUUUUACAAACGAAACCUCAAGUUCAAUACCUUGAAGAUAAAAUAAUCGCUGUUAUUUUGCAAUUUAAAAGUGAAAAGACAAUCGGAUACUUUUAUAUCAGUAGCGAGUUUUGUACCAAAUUUGUAAAACCAUAUCGCGUGCGUCACGUAUUAAAUUCAAGCGUACUCGAAUCAUAUAAAAUUAUGUGAAAAAUGAAUAGUUGUAUUUCUUGUCAGAUAUUAAUCAUUAUCUUGCUGAAAAAAAAUUGAAGACAGGAUGCUUGUUUUUUAGUUUGCUACAGGAAAGUAUCGAGGAAUGCCAAAGACUCUCUGCACAAAAAGAUGCGUAAUGAGUGAUAUUACAUUAAGUACAUUACAGAAUACGAAAAUCUCUGAAUGGGUUGUAGAAUAGAAUUUAUUUACCUUUAGCAUACAAAGCUGAGAAAGGGACUUGGUUUAUAGUUGAUCCUUAUACAUUCACUCAUCCAUACCUUUACAUAUCGGUGCUCCCUAUACUUAUUCUUUUACCUAUCCUUAAUACAGCACUGCGCAACAAUCCACCUAGGCAAACGCAACAUAUACAGCAAACUUGUCCACCCGAACAAACCCCCGCACUGCACCGCACCUAUGCCUAUAUCUAUGCCUAUUUCUCUUUUCUGAAUUGAUUGUACAGAAUUAAAAAUUCUUUUGCAUUUAAAGUAAACGCAAGAGUGAAUGGUAGGAUAUUCAACUUGAUUUUAAAAACGAAAAAAAUAUUAAAAAUUAGCCAUAUAUAAUUUUUUUCAAUUUGUACAUAACAUUAAACAUUUAAUGCACAAAGAACAUCGUAUUGUAAUGUUAAAUAUUACGUUAUGAUUUUCUUUGUGCGUUAACAUAAAUUUAUUGUUACGUACAGAUUUAAGUUUAAAAGUUUUUAACAGAACAUUACGCGUUUCGAAGGUUCUUGUGCAGACAGCCAUACUCGAACAUAUAUGACAUUUUUUUUAUUUUCACACAAAGAGAAUUUUCUUUUGAAAUUUACUCUUGAAAUCAUAGUAAUCAGCGUAAUUAUGACAAUAAGACAACUAUAACUUUAGUAAAACUUAUAGCAAUUUUAGUAAAAUUUUACUAAAGUUAUUACUAAAUUUUACUGAAGUUAUAAAAUAAAUUUUACUAAAAUUAUAAAAUAAAUUUUACUAAAAUUAUAAACUCUAAAUUUUUAUCAAAAUUAUAAAUCUCUUUGGUAUCCGUGAUUGUCAUUACCACGAUUUCAAGGGUAAAUUCUAAGAGAAAGUUUUUUCCGUACAAAUCGUCGGUUUGGAAAGUGAAAUAAUCCCGAUUGUUUUUUAAGUUCAUCAUUUUGACUCUGUAAAGUCGCGUUGUGCCUCGUUCAACAGCGUGGAAUUUUACAUAAUUUUAUCGAUGGGAAUAUUGUAUGUGAUGGGAAACGUAGUUACAGUACAAAGAUUCGUUAUAGACAACUAUAUAUUAUUUAUACUAUAAUACAAAUUCUAGCUCGUAUUUUUUUGCCCAAAGUCUAGGCCGUAACAUUGCGCGCGGUAUAGUUGUGAUGUGUUUCGAUGUUUAUACAUUCGCCGAUGUGCGCGUGUGUAUAUCCAUCCUUGCACGUAAAUAUAAGUGGCUUUUUUCUCCUUCUUUCUCGAAUUUAUGUACAUAAUUAUUUCUUUUCCGUUAGUGAUAGCCUUUUAUCCGGAAAGAAAAAUAAAACAUAUGGAAGACUGACAAAUCGAUUUUAUUUAAAAGGAAAACGUUCAAUUAAUUGCAUGAUUUAGCAGCAACUAAGUCACGGAAUCAAACGCGGCAUAAAAUAUGACGCCGAAAGAACUUCAAUGACUUUUACGUUUCGUUCUUGAACGGAGCAAAUUCGUCCAAAAAAAGAAAUGAUUUAAUUUUAAGAUGUUAAAAUGUUUUAAAUUUUUUAAUGUUUUAUUUCUGUUUUUAUUUUUCAAAUACUUAAAAAUAUUGUAGUUUUAAACAGUGUUUAGAUUUAAAACAUUGAAACCUUUAGAGUUGUUAAAGAUAUCUAUAGGUAGCUUUGAACGUUUUAGCGUUUUAAAUCUAAACAUUGUGGGGCAUUGAAAAAACGGAUACAGAAAUAAGAUAAUAUUUUAAUAUCUUAAAAUUAAACACUUUUUUCAGUUGUGUUGUUAUUGUUGUUAUUUAGCAAAUUUAUUAUUGUACAUGUACUUUUCGUAAUAUUUACGGAGCCAACAAGAAUUCCUCGUAGCGCACGAUUUGUCCAAUUUUUUCGCCUUUACAAACGUGAAACAGUCAAGCUUGGCAAUUAUUUGUUUAAGCAACAAAACGUGCUUCUUAAAACUGUUUCUUAUAAUUAAAUUAUGACAUUAAAGAGAUAAAUCAGUAAACUCUUUUUUCUAUACGUGGAGACAACUUAGUUUUUCGCCAUUACGUUAAGGAUGUACUAUACCUAAUUUCAAAAUAAUGAAAAAAUUUGAAAAAAAAA